AUGACCGAGUCGUGCCAGAAUGAGUGCAGUCAGCCCUGCACCGGGCAAAAUGAUACACCGGAUAUUGAAGACUUCCGGACAGAAAUCAAGUCACUGAAGCAACGAAACGAAGAAUUGGUACAGAAACUUUCCGACCUUGCGUGUACUAGGAGGACCGCCUCCUCAUCUCGACCUUUGCGUUCCGAAAACUGGUUCUCCAACGACGGAGAGCCAGCCCUCAGUACUCUGUAUGCAGACCGAUAUCUGAACUUCGGGUUGACUACCGAGGAGCUGAUGUCCAAGAAACCCGUCAUUGGAAUCGCCCAGUCAGGAUCUGACUUGUCGCCUUGCAAUCGAUAUCACGUCCAGACGGCCAAGAGGGUGCGUGAAGGCAUCAUCGCCGCUGGAGCGAUCCCACUCGAGUUUCCGACCCACCCGAUUCAAGAGAGCUCAAGAAGGCCGACGGCGACGCUGGAUAGGAAUCUCGCGUAUCUUGCGCUGGUGGAGAUUCUCCAUUCCUACCCUCUGGACGGCGUCGUCUUGUUGACUGGCUGUGAUAAAACCACGCCGGCUUGUUUAAUGGCCGCUGCCACAGUGAAUAUUCCUGCCAUCUGCCUGAAUGUCGGGCCAAUGCUCAAUGGGAGGAGGAAUACGGAUCUCAUUGGCACUGGGACCAUUCUGUGGCGGGCGAGAGAGCUGAAAGCAGAAGGCAUCAUCGACGAUGCGGAAUUCUUCGACAUGGUGACUUCGGGAACUCCAUCCGCGGGACAUUGCAAUACGAUGGGUACAGCUUCGUCCAUGAACGCGCUGGCCGAGGCGCUGGGGAUGGCGUUGCCCGGGUCAGCGGCCAUCCCGGCAGUCUACCGCGAGAGACUUCAGUGUGCGUACAAAACAGGCCAGCAAAUUGUCGAAAUGGUCCAUUCGAACCGCAAGCCGAGUGAUAUCAUGACGCGCGAGGCGUUUGAAAAUGCCAUCGUGGUCAAUAGUGCGAUCGGCGGGAGCUCCAACUGCCCAAUCCACCUGAUCGCUAUUGCCCGACAUAUGGGCAUAACUCUGGAUCUGGACGACUGGGACCGCGUGGGGUAUCCUAUCCCUCUUCUCGUCAAUGUCCAACCAGCCGGCGAGAUGUUGUGUGAGGAAUAUCACCACGCUGGGGGACUUCCCGCAGUUAUGGCCGAACUGUUGGACGCGGGAAAACUCCACGCAAACGCAUUGAGUUGUACCGGUCGCACGGUGGGAGAAAUCGUGAAGGGGAAAUUCUCCUGGGAUCGGAAGACCAUUCGACCCUAUGGCGAUCCGUUGAAGAAGAACGCCGGCUUCCUCCACCUGAAAGGCACGUUAUUUGACUCGGCUAUCAUGAAGACGUCGGUCAUCUCGGAGGAAUUCGAGGCCAAAUUUCUCCGGAACCCCUCACAUCAGCCCGGCACAUUUGCCGCGUUCGAAUGUCACGCCCGCGUGUUCGAUGGGCCUGAGGACUACAACGAGCACUUGGAGGACGACGACGACGACGACGGCUCCAUGGAUGAUCGGACGGUGCUCGUGAUGCGCGGGGCUGGCCCGAUUGGCUACCCCGGCGCGCCGGAGGUGGUCAACAUGCACGCCCCCGGACGACUGCUGCAAUCCGGGGUGCGGUUCCUGCCAUGCAUUGGCGACGGGAGGCAGUCAGGAACGUCGGGUUCUCCGUCCAUCUUACACGCCUCCCCGGAGGCGGCUGUCGGAGGGAAUCUGGCGAUCCUGCGCACGGGAGACACGUUACGCAUCGAUCUGGAGGCCCGGCGGGUGGAUCUGAUGCUGUCCGACGAGGAGAUCCGGAGCAGAAGAGCCACGAUGGCGGGCAAGAUGGAGGAGCUGACGGCGCCCAGCCAGACCCCAUGGCAGGACAUCUUUCGGCGUGAGGUCGGCCAGUUGAGUGACGGCAUGGUCCUCGAGAGUGCCGUCAGCCAUCAGAGAGUAGCGGAUCACUUUGCUGUGCCUCGACAUAAUCACUAG